UUGGUCACGUUCGAAAGUGCAUGGGCAUUUGAAGGGAAAGCGCAUCCUCGCACUUCGGGAAAUUUCGGUAACCCACCGCGAACUGUUCGGGGAACCGGGGCCACGACUGUUUACGAUUUGCGCCUACGAAACCGCACGAAAUUGGUUGGCCACUUCACUAUUGCGCGAUCAUGGCGAGUAAACUAGCAAAGCUGGAGCAAGACACGAUAACAAACUCUCUGGAGAUCGUGCACCACAAGGUCCGGCUGCUGAUGGAGGUGUGGAAGAUGUUCUUCGACGAGAUCUGCUACCUGGACUAUCUGACCUCGCUCCCGUCCAGCAUCGAACAGUUUCUGGGCGAGAUCUACUGCCUCACGAUGAACUUUUGCGUCCGCAAGACGCAGCGCAUCCGAGAGCUGCAGACGAAAAUGUUCGAGCUGCGGCGGGUGCUGAGCGUGGGCAGCGACGAUCCGGACGAUGACUGGGAGCGGAGCCACAUGUCGCUCGAUCGGAAGCUGACGCAGCUGCAGCAGCGCAUCAACACGCUCACCCAGCAGCUGAACGAGCGCAAGCUGCUGAUGGAGGAGUACACGCGCGAGGAAAUCCAGCUGCUGAGCGAUCUUGGCGAGGCCGCACCGCCCCACGAACCGCUGUGCGCCAAUCCGGACACGGGCGUUCUGCCGGACGCGCAAAAGAUGGCCCAGUUUGCGGACUACCUGAGCCGGUUGCGCGCCGAGAAGGUGAAGCGCAUCGUGACGCGCGACAAGCUGCAGUCGGAGAUCCGCAAGAAGGCCCAGCUGCUCGACUGGGUGCCGCGCAAGGACCGCCACCGGCAGCUGAUCAACGAGCAGACGCUGAUCCCGUCGCUUAGCAACCUGAACGAGCUGCAGCAUCUGGACUUUGUGUUGUCGGGGCUGCUGGAGCGCAAGCAGCAGCAGGAACAGCAGCAGCAACAGCAGCAAACGCAACAGAACGCAAAGCCGCUGCCAGCAAAGAAAGGAAAAAAGCAGCAACAGCACCAGCAGCAAGAAGGACAGAAAAUCGAACAGAACAAAGAGGAAAACCCACUGCCAGCUGAUGGGAAGGAGCGGGACCAAGCACAACAGAAACAACAGCAGCAGCCACCGUUACCUUCCGCAACAGCGACGAAUCAUGCUACUGCAUCGAACAGCGGCACACCGUCACCACCACCGCCACCACCAUCACCCGCGUCGGAAGUCGACCUAUCGGCAGCCGGCACCAGCACGACCACACCCGGCGGUACCACGGCCUCGAGCACGGCUAGCGCCACUGCCGCCACCGGGCUGUUCGAGCAAACGAUCGAAACGUACAUGCGGGUCGAGGCGGUGCUGGGCCGACCGGCCGACCGGGACAAAAUCAUCGAGGAAAUAUUCAGCCGCUUCCGGGCGAGCAUCAACGUGUGGUGGGAGCGGUGCCUGAUCCUGCCGAACGAGCGGCAACAGUGCAAGGUGCUGUACACGGACCAGCUCGACGAGGACGCGUUCGUGGCGCACAUCGAGCAGCAGAAGCUGCUCCAGAGCUACUACCACGAGAACGAGGCCAUCUUUCGGCUGAUCUACCAGUGGGCGGACCAGUGGAACCGGGCGGUGCAACUGCAGCGCGAGCAAACGGCGGCCGAGGAGCUAGCGGUGGUGAACGAACGGCUGGCGGCGAUCCGGAAGCAGCUGGAGAGCAAGUGCCGGGAGUUUGAGCAGCGGUGUCAGGUAAAGUUCACCAUGUACGGGAUGCCGGUCAUGCAGGUGCUGCAGCGGUGCCAGGCGAAGGGCGAGAAGCUGAAGCUCCCGGACAGCUGCAAGGUGAAGCAGGCGCCAGCACCACCACGCACCGCCACGACGAAAGCGGCCGCCAGUGCCGCCCGCCAGCAGCUAUCGCCCGAGACGGCGGUGGAGCUUAGCACGAUGCUGAAGGAUUUGCUGUCGGAGCAGCAGCAGCAGCAUCUGCUGGGAGGGCCGAUCGAGUCGGACGAAUCCAACCACGGUACGGAUGAGUGGCAGCAGCAGCAGCAGGCGGAUGGCGAUGACGCUGUAGUCGACGAAGAUGAAGACGACGAUGAGGAUGAGGAUGAUGACGACGAUGAGGAGGAGGAGGAGGAGGAGGACGAUGAUGACGAGGAGGAAGAGGAGGAUGAUGAUGAUGAUGAUGAAGAGGAUGACGAUGCCGAUGGUAGCAGCAGCAGCAGUGACGAUGGUGGCGAGGUGAACCAGAAGCGAGACGACGAGCUGCUGGAGGAAGCGUUCGCCUCGGCAACAGCGGCAGUCACGACCAAAACCCGUAUGCAUUCCGUAAACGGACACCCGGCAGCAUCCUGAAGGCGCGGAGGCGCACGGUACUACUACUACUACCAGGCCAGUUUGAAGCGUACCAACCAACCAUAUUUACGCAUAAAGAGCUAAAACCAGUUGAAAGGGUCCGGACCAUCAUCAUCAUCCUCGAUGCGGAAUUGCGCAUUCCGUUUGAUUGGGGGGUUUUAGGAUUUUAGUGGAUUCAUGGCGUGAGCGCGCGCGCGCGCCAUCCUAGCAAAAGAGAAACCGAGUGCCUUUUUUGAUCCAUCUUAAGUUCCUCCGCUUUCCUUCAAACGUUGCAUGAUGUUGCACUGUAAGUGUAAGUAAGGGACCCCCCUCCGUUGAAGUUAAUUAUAUCCCCCCCUUCUAUGUAUAGACUUGUUAGGCGCAUUUUCCUCCCUUUGAUACCUGGUGGCGUGUUCUACUAGUACGCAAAGCUAUGCGCACUACUACUACUACUUCUUUCUUUUUUUGCUUCUUCUUUUGUUGUUGAAUUACACAACACACUUGUAUAGAUAUAUAAGCAGCGCCGCGGAUGGAAUUUUAUCGUUAGCCAUCAUCGUUAGCCACCACAACACUACCCCUCCGUUGUCCUGCUGCUCCCCGGCUCCUCCUCCUCCUCCUCUUCUAACCCCGUUUCAUCAGCUCCAUGCGUUCAUGUUUACAGCGUUUACAGCGAGCCGCUAACUCUAACACUCCCUCUGCGCGCCGCACUGCACGCAAACGCACGAACGCCGUUAACAAUUUACCAAAUAAAAUAAAAACUUUAAUGCUUUAUAAUGUUGCAGCCGAAAGUGAUGAAAGUGUGUGUGUGUGUUUUUUUUCCUCGUUUGAUAAUAGAAAAGGACGAAACGAAAAAAAAAGAACAUAGUCCAGUGGUUUAUGGUUUUGAAUAUGAACCGUUGAAUCACAUUACUUUAAACUCUCUUUAUUUUCCUCAAUGCCUUAACGCGUGUGGGGGAGAACUGUUUCACUUUUAGGUGAGAGUAGUGUGUUUGUGUUUGUGGGCCCUAGCGAAACAAUAGAUAAAUCUUGCGUACAAUUUACGCGCCCUUUGGGGAUGUCGCCGUGCAGCAUAUUGAACGGCGUUGCGCACGUGUGAUCGAUAGUGUCCAACGUGUAAUUAAAACAUGAACAAAUUCUUCUAAAUUUAAUCUACUAAGAGGGAUGUGUGUGUGUGUGUGUGUUAAAUGAAGUUAACUGUUGCACACAUGCAAAAAAACAAUCUGGAAUAACGCUUCAUAUUUAACGCGUUUUAACGGAUAUAUUGCGGGAGCGGUCAAGUAAAUACUGUCCAGAUUUGGCAACAAAAAAAAACAAAGGCUUUAUAUUGGAACUUGGCGGGUGACACCAUGCUGCUGCCCAUUUGCUGUCCCUAGAUAGUACUACUUCUCUCUUUCUCUCUAGCCAGCAGAUCUAUAUAUUAUGGCCACCUAUCUCGUACCGUGAUUCCGACCCUUAAUAUCGUGGCGUUUUGCUCAUCUCUUUCAUCCAUCUUUCCCCGCUUUUGUUUUGGUUACAACUUUUACAAACCUUAGCACUUUUUACAUACUUCCCAAUUUAACUUCUUGUUUCUAUGGGGGGAGUUUUUUACACGCUAUUUUGUGUCACCACCUGUGUCUUAUAUGUAUAAAUCCGAAUUUCCUUUCCCAGAACCCAGAACCUCUCACACUCUUUGCACAUUCGCACUAAUGAAUCUCUAUCACUCCUUAUUACCCAAAAAAAAAACUGACUAUUUGUGUGAGUGUGCUAAUGGGUGUUUAAGGGGCGCGUAGUUGCGGUAGUUUGGAAAUGGGAAAGACUGCUGCUCAGGGGGCGCCUAACUAUGUAUUAUACAAUUUACCCGCUGCUUUAUUUGCUACUACGGAAAACGUGUUGUCCAACAUAUCAAUCUCAAGCGAAACAACGCUCUUAAGGAAAGAAAGGUAAUACGGCAAUAGUAACCCUAGCAAUAGUAGUAAUAACCAAUAACACGAACAGUAUUACACACACACAGAAUGAAAAACACAGGACAAAAAGGUAUUUAAAUAUAUAGUUGGUUGGAAAUAACACAAACGCAUUCGUUCGCAAUUGAAAAAAUGCAGUACAAGAAUGCGAAGUUAAUUGCACAUGUUUUUUUUUUGUUUUUUGGAAGGUUUGUUCGUUUUUUUUUCGGUCGUUAAGCCCGGAUUACAGUUCCAGUGAAAUUGAACGUGAAAUUUUGGGGUUUUCUGCUACACGUCUUCUUCUUCUAUUGGGAGUAACGUCCUACGUGGGCAUACCGGGGCUAUACACAGAGUUUCGACACUUAAUUUGAAGAAGUCGGAUAAGUCAAAACCUUGCUACGGCAGGACGAUCUCUUCUAGGCUUGGACCCAUCACGGGCAUGUCAUUGGGUCGUUCGAGUUGACAACUGUACCACGGGACCGCCUCUGCUAUACUCCGUUACGUAUUAAUCAGCAUAUGGCUUACCGUACACCAACAGAAACGAUAUUCAAUUCCCCAACUAAAUGGACCAUAAAACAUAUCGAAUUAAUAAAUUAAAUGCAUUUACUUGCGAUUUUCCUGCUUUGUGUAUUACCCGAAUCACAAGGAAAUGCAUUUAACUUAUUAGUUUAUUACAAGGUUUCCACGAUUUUUUGGUUGGUUCCCAUCAAUUUUUGGUGGGUUCCCACAUUUUUUUGGUGCGUUCCCACGAUUUUUUGGCCGUUUCCCAGAAUUUUUUGGUCAAAUUGUAUUGAUAUCCAAUCGGAAAAUAACAAUAAAUUAUGGGAACGAACC